AUGGUCCUUCAUAGGAAGAGACUCUCGGACGGUCUUACCGUGACCCAGAAAGUUUUCGUCAGAUCUCGCAAUGGAGGCGCUACUAAGAUUGUGCGAGAGCACUAUUUGAGAAAUGACAUACCGUGCUUAUCCAGAGCUUGCAAGAAGUGCAUUGACAUCGUUGUCCCUGAUGCCAAAAACGAGCUUCCUACGUUCGUGCUAUCCGAAUCACCACAAAAAUUGACUGAUGGUCGUAAGCACUACGUGGUAUUGGAUGCCAAUAUUGUACUACAGGCCAUCGACCUUUUGGAAAACCCAGCAUGCUUUUUCGACGUGAUUGUUCCUCAGAUUGCAUUGGAUGAAAUCAGGAAUGUCUCGUACCCUAUUUACACAAGGCUACGGACGCUCUGCCGUGAUAGUAAUGACAGCAAGAGAGUAGUGGUGUUCCACAACGAGUUUAAUGAAAACACCUACGUUGAAAGACAGCCAGAGGAGUCCAUCAAUGACAGAAAUGACAGGGCUAUCAGACGAACCUGCUCCUGGUAUGCAGACCACUUGAAAGAGUAUGGAAUAAACAUUUUGCUUGUGACGAAUGAUCGAGGCAAUCUUGAGCGUGCAAUCAAAGAUGGGUUGGAAGCCAAGGGUCUUGCCGACUACAUUGAUCUUCUACCUGAAUCUGAGCAAAUCAAGGAUGCCCUUCCAAAUAUGGACACCUACACAUCCAGGGAGAAGGACCUUGAAGCUAGGUCAGAAUUCAAGUUCCCGGAUUACUAUUCAACAGCCAGAGUUAUGGGUGGCAUCAAAAGUGGCGUUGUAUACCAGGGUUCAGUUCAAAUCUCAGAGUACAACUUUUUGGAAGGCCUUGUGUCUUUACCCAAUUUUUCCAAGCCUGUGUUAAUCUUGGGUCAAAAGAACCUCAAUAGAGCCUUCAACGGAGAUCAAGUUGUCGUGGAGCUACUGCCGCAAAGUGAAUGGAAGGCACCAUCGACUGUAGCUCUGGACUCUGAGCACUUUGACGUCAAUGAUAACCCAGAUGCCGAUGAAAGUCAAAACGACAGAGAAGAUGAGAUUUCAGAUAAGCAGCGCCGCUUACUUGUCCAGGAUGCUAUACAAACACAAAAGUCGGGCAAAACUCAGCCAACAGCUCGCGUCGUUUCUAUCACAAGACGUUCGUGGCGCCAAUAUGUGGGACAAUUGGCCACAAACUCGGUUGAUCUGCAAAAUGGUGGUACGCAAAAUGCCUUUGUCAUCCUAAUGGACAAAUGCUUACCUAAAAUCAGAAUACGCACACGUCGGGCUAGAGAGCUGCUAAAUAAGCGUAUUGUUGUAGCAGUCGACUCGUGGCCAGACUCAUACAAGUACCCUUUGGGACAUUUUGUCAGAGAGCUUGGCGAGGUUGAAUCUGUGGAGGCAGAGACAGAGGCUCUAUUGCUGGAGCACAAUGUUGAAUAUCAACCUUUCUCAAAGAGAGUUUUGGAGUGUUUGCCUGCCGAAGGCUCUGAUUGGAAGGCUCCGGAAACUAUUUCAGAUGCAGACGCAAUUGCAAAGGACCCUCUUCUCACCAAAAGACGUGAUCUAAGAGAUAAGCUCAUUUGCAGCAUCGAUCCUCCUGGAUGUGUUGAUAUCGACGACGCUCUACACGCUAAACAACUUCCCAAUGGAAAUUGGGAAGUCGGCGUUCAUAUCGCGGACGUUACUCAUUUCGUAAAAGCUAACACGCCUCUAGAUGCGGAGGGUGCUUCAAGAAGCACAUCUGUCUACCUGGUCGACAAGCGUAUAGACAUGCUUCCGAUGUUGCUGGGUACCAAUCUUUGUUCAUUGAAGCCUUACGUGGACAGGUACGCUUUCUCGGUUAUAUGGGAGCUGGACGACAGCGCCAAUAUUGUUAACGUUGAUUUUACCAAGUCGAUCAUCAGGUCUCGAGAGGCUUUCUCUUACGAACAAGCGCAAAUGCGGAUUGACGACCAGAGUUGCACAGACGAGCUCACACAGGGGAUGAGAGCUUUGCUUGCAUUAUCCAUCAAACUCAAACAGCAACGUCUUGACGCUGGUGCGCUAAAUCUAGCCUCUCCGGAGGUCAAGGUACACAUGGAUAGCGAAACCUCUGAUCCCGGCGAGGUGGAAAUCAAAAAACUUCUAGCCACCAAUUCCCUAGUUGAGGAGUUCAUGUUGCUCGCCAAUCAGUCCGUCGCCCGUAAAAUCUAUGACGCAUUCCCUCAAACGGCCAUGUUGAGAAGGCACGCCGCACCCCCUGCUACCAAUUUUGAAACUCUCAAUGAAAUGCUUCAAUUGAGAAAGGGCAUGUCCAUUUCCACCGAAUCAUCCAAAGCACUUGCCGCAUCUCUGGACCGUUGUGUUGAUCCCAGCGACCCUUACUUCAACACAUUGGUGCGGAUUAUAUCCACUCGUUGCAUGAUGGCUGCUCAAUAUUUUUAUUCAGGAGCAUAUUCGUACGCAGACUAUCGUCACUAUGGUCUUGCAGUUGGCAUAUAUACCCAUUUUACGUCUCCGAUCAGACGUUACUGUGAUGUUGUGGCUCAUAGACAGCUUGCUGGAGCUAUUGGCUACGAACCGCUUGACCUGAGUCAUAGGGACAAGAACAAGAUGGAAUUUCUGUGUCGAAACAUGAACAAAAAACACAGGAAUGCUCAAUUUGCCGGAAGAGCAAGCAUAGAAUAUUACGUGGGCCAGGUCAUGAGGAACAACGAAUCAGAAGAGACGGGCUACGUGAUCAGAGUAUUUCACAACGGUAUAGUCGUCUUGGUGCCAAAAUUUGGAGUCGAGGGCUUAAUACGACUUGAAAAUCUGACUGACGAUGAACAGGGGGCCGAAUUCAAAGCUGAAGAGUUUAAAUUGAGUUUCAAGCCAAUUGGCAGUGAGAACACAAAGGACAUUUUCGUUUUUGAUAAGGUGAACGUACAAGUCAAGUCUGUUCUAGAUCCUGUCACGAGCAAACGUAAAACGCAGCUUUUGCUAAGAUAA